AUGAUCCUGUGGUGGUUCGAUGCCUAUGAGAGGGGGGUGCACGAUGUGAUCCUGGCUACGGCUCAGUACAUGCAUCAGAUGAGCCCUCCACGGAGGGGAGGAGGAAGCCACGACUAUGAUGCUUGCCUGUGUGGUGUAGAACUCCUAGUUAUAUUUUUUAUUUUAAACCUCUCCUCAACCUUAUCUCUUCUCUCACCUUUCUCACUCACGUCUCUCUCUCACGUUUCUCUCUCCCUCGGUCUCGCCCCCGGCCGCCGCUCCUGCCGGCGCGGCAUCCUCCGGCCCCGCUCGCCGCCCCCGGCUCCGCCCUGGCCCCGCGCGCCGCCCCUGCCCUCGCCCCCGCUCGCCGCGACAGCCCACCGGUCGCCCAAGCCUACAUUCGACGCGCCCGAUGCUGAUCUUACCGGUGGCUCAAAGCAGGCGGCAACCACGACGCCCUUCUACCUCGCCUUAGAUCACAGAGCUUCCGCCACGUCGUCUCCACCGCCGGCGGAGGCGCCACCGCUGCCGUGUGCUGCCAACAGCGAGAGGGGAUCCGAAAUAAUCAAGGCAAAGAUCAUGUCCCACCCACUCUAUCCGGCUGUCUUGAGAGCCUUCAUAGACUGCCGGAAGGUCAGAGUGCCGCCAGAGAUUGUCGGUCGGCUUUCUGCCCUCGCUGAUGACGUCGAAAUGAAUUCAGACGACAUACAAGAACAGCGACGAGCAGCAGACCCAGAGCUCGACCAGUUCAUGGAGAUCUACUAUCACAUGUUGGUGAGGUACAGACAGGAGCUCACAAGGCCAAUCGAGGAAGCCGACGAAUUCUUCAGGAGCAUGGAGGCCCAGAUCGAUGCAUUCUCGUUAUUAGGCAGAACUAGCUUAAUAGUAAUCAGAGGAGCACGACCAUGUGUAGCUUCUAAUGAUGUAACUCAGCAAAUUCAUCAGGUAUGCAAAUUCAUCAUCAUUUACUUGUUGUUAACUAUAUUAUGAUGUAACUCAGUAAAUGUCAUUUGUACAUGUA